AUGAGUCUACGGCAUAGCCAGUCCUCAAAGUCACCACCUCGCACUCCGCAACACCAAUUGCGCUCAAACAACAAUUCCUUCGCGAGUACGUCCUCCGGUUCCACAUACCGCGUCGAAGAAGAUGCAAUUAUAUUCGAACUCGGCGCUCGAUGGCUGCGCGCCGGAUUUGAGGGCGAGAGCGAACCGAAGUGCAUAAUAGGAUUCGGACCUGAGGAUUCACGGAGGGCCGGAGAUUACAGGCAAUGGUUGAAGGGUACACCUAUUGCGGACGACACGCUACCGCUGCCGCCAGCAAAACCGGAGGACUGGUUGAGACCAUACGAGUUAUGGAAGAUGGACCUACGAGAUGUUGACAUGGGACUUUUUGAGGAUAAGAUUGAGAGGACGUUUCGGGAAGCCUACAACAAGUACCUUUUGACGGACGCUGGCUCGGCACGACUGGUUCUUGUCCUACCGACUGUGAUACCGCACCCCUUGCUGUCUUCGGUCUUGACGACGUUGUUUAAUCGAUGGAAGAUACCCAGCAUUUCAUUAUUGACAAGUGCUGCAAUGGCCGCGACGGCAGCUGGACUGCGGUCGGCAUUGGUGGUUGACAUCGGUUGGGCGGAAACAGUCGUUUCCGGAGUUUACGAAUACCGGGAGAUUGCUACGAGGCGGAGUACAAGGGCAAUGAAGUCAUUAUUGCAAGAGACAGGACAAAUGUUGUCACAGCUUUUGGGAGGGGACUCAAAGUCAGGAGAUACAAUUUCAGUGGAUUUUGAGUUCUGCGAGGAAGUCGCCAGUCGAUUCCUGUGGUGCGAGCCUUCAGGACCGCGCGAGGAUGGAAAAUCAUCGGAUGACCCACUGGCUGACAUUCAAAACAAGACCGUCUCUAUACCGUCUCCGUCGAAUCCUGGGUCUUUCGACAUUGAGCUUCCUUUCUCUAAACUCACAGAGCCUGUUGAAAAGGUGCUUCUCGCCAAAGGAGUGGCGGACUAUGACUUAGAUGACGAAGAAAAGCCGAUUCCGUUGGUGGUUUACAACACGCUCUUGAGUCUCCCACCGGAUGCCCGGGGCAUCUGCAUGUCGCGCAUCGUGUUUGUCGGCGGGGGGGCUAAUAUCGCAGGUGUUCGGCACCGGAUUCUCGACGAAGUGGCUCACUUAGUCAAGCUGUACGGUUGGAGCCCCGUACGUGGCAGAGUUGUAGACAAACAAAUACAGAGUCUACGGAAACUCAAGCUCUCCCAGCAGCCGGAACCGCCCUCUAACGCAUCCCAUAGGCAAAAUAAAGCCUCAUCCGAUGCUGCGAACGACACCUCAUAUGAGUCUGAUUACGAAACCGCGGAUGAAGCAGAGGGAACAAAUGAAGCAGAGGUAGAAAUCGAUCCAAUCGAACAGAAACUCCUCCGCACUCGCGAAAAAGAUGUCAUAAACUCUUUCCAUGGGACCCUUCGGGAAGUCGAGACCCUCGGACCAUGGGCGGGUGCCAGCCUUGUCAGUGGCCUAAAGAUCCGGGGCUUGGUGGAGAUUGAGCGCGAAAAGUACCUGCAGCAUGGCCUUGCGGGUGCCAGUCGAGAGUCGGAACUUGCCAAUAGUCACAGAGAGGGUGUUCCUGACCGGCGCUCGCUGCGGGCUGGAGAUAGAUCUAGUUGGACUUUGGCGGGAUGGGGGUGA